ACACAGUGACACUUGCUUCACACAUUAAAUAAACUUGAAAUAAAACCAAUUUUUUCGUUCGUUUACAGAUUUCAUAGAUUUAAGCAGCAACUCAAUUCAAUGGAUUAAGCGAGUUACGAGUUAAACAGAAAAGUAAAAAAUAAUCUUUUAAACCAGAUAAAGUCAAGUGUAAACAAGAAGCAAAUUUAAAGUAUAUAUUUUGUGGAAUUUGUUCAAUUUCAAACAGACGGGUUGGUUUCUUUACAGUGGAAAAUGGGAAAUGUGCCGAGUGAAAUGAAGCAGAAUGAAAAGCAAAAGAUGAGCAAGGAAAGUUUCUAUCGUAUUUUUGGCUUACGCAUGGUCAACGAAGGCGAUGGCUAUGCGAUCGAUGGCGAGCGAUUAAAGAUACAACGCGAGCAACAGUUGCAGAUGCCACAACAACAACAACAGCAACCAGAAGAUAAACAACAGCAAUCAGAGUUCGAACUGGGAAAUCCGGGAGCAAUUGCCGAUUUGCAUCAUCAGUGUCAUGAGAUGUGGCCGCAAACUUUUGAAGGCUUUCGAUUGAAUAUUAGUCGCACUUUAAGCCAAUCUCUGGCUGUUGGCCAUGCGCUGCAAGUGGGCCAGAAAUCGCAGCUGGCCGAUUGUCAAUUCAAUGCCAGCUUUGUGGGCGAACGAAUGCAUCCGAUGACGGGUGAAACAUAUCCAGCGAUUAUGGGUGAAGUGGAUGCCAAGGGGAAUGUUAGGGCCACAUUGAUGCACUUUAUGGCCGCAAGAUGGCGCUGCAAAUGGAUGGCCAAUGUGCUGGAUGGUGAGCUGCAGAAUACGCGGCUAUUUGUUGAUUAUUUCGGCAAAAGUUGCACCUGCAGCUGGGUGCUAAGCAACCUCGAUGUACGCCAUCAGAUGGGCGUCUGUGUGGCAUCGUAUCUGCAGCAGGUGACGCCACAAUUGGCCCUUGGCGUUGACCUCAUCUAUCAGCGUGAGCAAAUUGUGCCCGGCGGUCAGGCGGCCUUAGUUUCGGCUGUGGCACGUUAUCACCACGAUGAUAAUCGUCUCUGGUCAGCGGUGUUCAGUCUGCAUUCGCUCGAACUCUGCUAUUCGCAGUUGUAUGGCCAAUGUCUGGGGGCAAGUGUUCAACUCCGUGCCAAUAUCUUGAAGCGUCAGGCGAUAUCGAGGCUUUGCUAUCAUUGUUUUAUCCCAAAGAUGGGAUUCAAUUUUCGCGGUGGCAUCGAUACACGCGGCGUGAUUAGCGCCCUCUGUGAGCGGCGUCUGGAACCUCUCCCGAUUGUGUUGCAGCUCAGCGGCAAGUUGAAUCAUCGCACCAAUCGCUUUCGCUUUGGUCUCGGACUCCUCAUUGGCUAACACACACACACACACACAGACACACAACUACAGCGGAGCAGCAAAAGUCGCAUCUCAAAAACUUGCUUUGUCCAACUCUUCUCUUUGUUCUUCGAUAGUAGUAUAAUAAUGUUGAAGUAAUUGUCGUUUUUUAUUCUCAAGUUAUGAGUGGGUUAUAUUUGGAAUUCUACAGCGAAACUUUCUUACAAAGAAUUGCAGUUUAUUAUAUUAUAUAAUAUCAGCGAAAGACGAACUAACUUGGCUUCAAGUUGGAACUAACUAAAAAGAACCAUAAUAAAAGU